CGCGCAUGCACGCCGGGCGAACAGAAGGGUAUGCAUGGUACGAUGGAUGAUGAUUAGGGUAAGCUGAAUGAACAAAGGGUCCCCCUUCCUUCCUCAAACAAUUGUCACAACUACCAACACAAUUGCGAAUCAUGUCGGCACCAAGCGUCGCCGUCAUUGUGGGCUCUGGCCGCGGCAUUGGCCUCGAGCUCUCGCGGCUGUAUCUGGCCCAGUCGAAGCUCAAUCUCGUCUGCCUUUCGAGGGACGCUGCUGCGGCACGCGACGCCAUCCUCGACUCGGGCAGGCCGGCGCCCCUGCAGGUGCACAGCAACGGGUCGUCCAAGUCGUCGUCGUCCGAGGUUGCCUCCAAGCUCGACGGCAGCAGGCUCACGACCAUCGAGGCGGACGUCAAGAGCGAGGACAGCCUGCGAAAGGCGAGCGAGCAGGUCCGCGAGCAGUUUGGAAAGGACAGCCUGCGCUUCCUCAUCAACGUUGCCGGUGUACUCAGGGUCGAGAAGAAUAUCAGUCAGGUCAAUUACGAGGAGCUUCUCGAGCAGUUCCAGAUCAACACGUUUGCGCCGCUGUUUGCGAUGAAGCACUUCUCGCCCCUCAUUCCCAGGUCCUUUCCCUCGGGUGAAGAAGACUUGUCGCAGGGCCUGAUGCCCGACGGCAUCUGCGUCCUUGCCUCGCUCUCGGCUCGCGUGGGCAGCAUCUCCGAAAAUAAGCGGGGGGGCUGGUACGGCUAUCGGUCCUCCAAAGCGGCGCAAAACCAGAUUACGCGGGUGCUCUCGCAUGAGCUGGUGCUGCGCAAGGCGCCGGCCGUCUGCGUGGGCCUGCACCCCGGCACUGUUCGCACUGACCUCUCUGAACCUUUUACGGGGGGGCCGGGCGGCAAAUCGGGCGGAGAAAAGGAGGACUUUGAGACGAGAAAGGCUAGGGGCGAGUUUGAAGCAAACGAGUCCGCAAACCUCCUGGCAGGCGUCAUCUCCAAUCUCAAAAUGGACGACGGUGGGAAAGUGUGGGACUGGCAGGGCAAGGAGAUUGCUCCGUAAUGGCAAGCAUCGCAAGCCGACCGUCGAUGGCGCCAUUGCUUGUUGCCGUGUGCUGUCAUCUGAAUGGACAAAUGUUUUUCCAGGCCCGCCUAUCUUCGGCUUAUGAGUGCUGAGACCGUAA